GCAGACCGAAGAAACAGAGGAGCGGAGGGACGCUCUUCUUGUGAAGAACGGAUAUGUUUCUAUCUCCGCCGCGGGCUCUGGAAUAAACAGGCUUUUUCCUCGCCGUCUUUCCGUGAGAUAGCACAGCCCCCGGGUCGGCUCAGAGAAGGACAUAGACAUCUAGUGUCCGUCGGGAAAAUAAGGUUUUUUUGCACUGGGUCCGGUGUCUCUCUCCCCUCGUCCUCCCCUCCCCUCCCCUCUCACUGCUUUUACACCCUUCGAUCCUGCUACGCUGCUAAGAGGCACUGAUGCCCAGUUCGCUCUUCGCCGAUAGCAGCGUCCAGGGAGAUGCACUGGACGACCAGAGAGCCCUGCUGAUCACUCUGGAUCAGCUCUCCCUGCUGGGCUUGGACAACGAUAACCCCCUGUACGACAACAACCAGGAGCCCCGGAAAAAGAGCGUCAACAUGACCGAAUGCGUCGCGGUUCCGAGCUCCGAGCAUGUGGCCGAGAUUGUGGGCAGACAGGGUUGCAAGAUCAAAGCGCUGCGAGCAAAGACUAACACCUACAUAAAGACCCCAGUUCGAGACGAGGAGCCUGUUUUUGUGGUGACCGGCAGGAGGGAGGAGGUGGCUAUGGCCAGGAGGGAAAUCAUCUCUGCUGCAGAGCACUUCUCCAUGAUCCGAGCCUCCAGGAACAAAAACACCAGCCUGAACGGAGGUAGCACCCCAGUCCUUGGACCACCCAACCUGCCCGGACAGACCACUAUCCAGGUCCGGGUGCCUUACCGUGUUGUGGGACUGGUUGUAGGUCCCAAGGGUGCCACCAUCAAGCGCAUCCAGCAGCAGACUCACACCUACAUUGUGACACCCAGCCGAGACAAGGAGCCAGUGUUCGAGGUGAUGGGGAUGCCAGAGAAUGUGGACAGAGCACGUGAAGAGAUCGAAGCGCACAUCACCAUGAGGACAGGAGGCCUUAUUGAACUCCAGGAUGAAAAUGACUUCCACGCAAAUGGGACCGAUGUGGGUUUUGAUCUGCACGGGCAUGCCACCCUGUGGUCCAAGCCCAGCACCGGGAUGACCCCCAUCUCAGAACGUAAACCCUUCUCCAACCACCGCAAUGACUCGUCCUCCUCCACAGACUCCUACUUUGGUAACAACAACUCAUGUAUAGCCGACUACAGCCCUCCCAGCCCCAGACUCAGCUACACCACCACCAACGGUAACAACAAUAACAAUAACAUCAGUGUCAACACCAAUGGCAAUGCAUUGGUUUACGAAACUGAGGUGAUUUCACCUGACUGCAUGACUUUUGACUCCUCAUUAGGGUUUGACCCCACUUCAGCCCCACCGGGCCUUUUGUGGUCCCAGUACGAUAGUCACACGACCCCGUCAUCCACCAGAGGCAACUCCCCCACCUCCACCUCAGCCAUGUUCCCCAACAACACCUCCACUAAUGCCAAUGUGAUAAUUAUGAGUCAGAGAAGGGUUUAUGGUUGUACCCCACAGCCCAGACUGUCGCCUCCUCUCCACAGCCACACAGGAUGCCACAUUGAGCACCUGUUAGCCCGUGGGAUGUGCAGUGACCCAGGCGGAGGCCCACUCAGUUUCCCUGGUUACUCCAGCCCUAUCGGCUGUCUGGCGGGCCCUCACCUCCCUGGAGUUUCAUGCGACUCCUUCACCUCGUCAUCGUCCUCCUCUUCUUCCACCUCCUCUGGCACCAGCCGAAAAGGCAGUCGCGACUGUUCGGUGUGCUUUGAGAGCGAGGUCAUUGCAGCCCUGGUCCCCUGUGGGCACAACCUCUUCUGUAUGGAAUGUGCCAAUCGUAUCUGUGAGAGGAGAGAACCCAAAUGCCCUGUCUGCCACACUGGUGUCACUCAGGCUAUACGUAUAUUUUCAUAAGAAGUGUAACUCUGACUGUAUCAGCAGCAAGACUGGCUACAAUAGCUGCAACAGACUCUUUAUACUGCUUUAAUUGGUUCACAUUUACCAGUUUGUAAAGUGUACAUAGAUAUACAUUUGUAUGUAAGAGGCUACAGUAUCCAGAAGAAGGGACAGACAUCCUUUGUGGGCUUUGUUGUAGUUGUUUGUGCUAUACUGUCGCUUGGGGACAUUUUUUCAACAUUUAAGAGGAUGUUUUAAAUAUUACAGCAUAGUAUUCAAUAGUUCAAGUAAGUUGUACUCUACAUGUGAAAUAUAGGGUGAAGUGAAGAGUAGGGAUGCCACAAUUAUAGAUUUUGUUGGUACGAUUAUAUAGUGAGGAAUAAUCAUGGUUUCAAGAUUAUCACAAUUAUAAUGCAUUAAAUUAAUUUAACACUAUUAAAUACUUAUACUUAGAUUUAUAAUUUAUAAUUAUAAUUAGAUUUUUUAUAUUUAAUAACAUUAACAAAUUGUUAUUAAGGAGGGGAAUAAACUGAACUGUUAUUGUCAUCAACUCUCAUUCAUACAUAUAAGUUUUAGUGAAAAUGAUUUGAGAACAUCAAGUUUAUAAGGUCCUGAUGUUAUGUUAGUGUUUUGAAUCUGCCAUUUUCUUUGGUGGAAUUAAAGCUUUUGGUCCCACUGCCAGAGUUUAGCCAGUGUACAGUAGUAGCCUUCAUGUCUCUGAUAAGCAUGGAACUUUAAGCUGGCACGGUGCACUUUUUGUUUUCGUUUUGUGCAAGUUGCAACAAUUCCUUUCACUGCAACAGAAACACUCGGUGUAGUGGAGCCUUUACGAUUAAUUAACUGAGACGUUUUAAAGCGUAGUUAAUUGUGAAAUCCGGUAAUUGCUGCAUCCCUAGUAAAGAGACACGGUGGGGCCAGGACGGAUGUAGGUGGGUCUAACUCUAGACUGUUAGCAGGGCUGAGCCUUCUAGUUUUCAUGAUUGAAUCUAGUAAGAGGGGAGUCCAUUACUGGGAAACACGGAGGGCUUCCUGCCAAACAGGACCAUUGACGUACAAAGAUAUUGCAGACACCAAAUGGAGGGCAACAACAUAUCCUACAUAUACAAUACAUGGACAAAAGUAUUUAGACACCUACACAUUAAUUUUAUGACAUCCCAUUCUAAUCCAUAAGCAUUAAUAUGGAGUUGGUCCACCCUUUAUAGCUAUAAUAUCUUCUACUGUUGUGGGAAGACAAUAUUUUGGAGUUUGUCUAUUGGAAUUUUUGCCCAUUCGUUUAGAAGAGCUUUUGAGAGGUCCAACACUGACGUUGGAUGAGGGGGCCUGGUGCGAAAUCUCUGUUCCAGGUACUCCCAAAAGUAUUGGAUAGAUUUUUUUGACUUGAAAGAUUAUAUUUCUUAUUGCAAAGAUGUUUACAGGUAUUUUAAUUUUAAAUUCAGUGAAGUUUUUGUGGCUGGAUUGAAAUAUUAUUUUUUAGCAUGACCAUAUGGCACUGUAUAUCACACAAUUUUGACAGUAUGCUGUUGGGAUGGAGAUUUUUAUUGGUUCAGCAAAAAAUGUCUUAAAUAUGCUUCAUCCAGGAUAUUUUUUAUUUAUUUAUUUUAUUCUAUAUUAUUAUGAAACAUUGAAAUGUACAAAAUCAAGUAAGUUGAACACAAAGAAACCGUUAAAUAUGUAUGAAUUAGAUUCCAGUGGGAAUUACAGGCUUCUGUUGUACCACCAUAGUUUUAGUAUUUCUAUUUUAAUACAUUUGUUUACCACUUGUUUAUGUGUAAGUUACUUGAGCGUAAAUGUACUUUAUUGAGCAAAGUUUAAGAACAAAGUGUAUUUUAUUUUAUGAUAAAGGGCCUUUAACCUCAUGGUCAAAUACUAAUAUUAUAUUUGCUGAAACAAGAUUUGAAAAUGUAUCAAGAGUUUUAUUUUUUCUGAUAUUUAAAGUUAUACAUUUUAAAAAGUAAAACUUAAGUAAUGGUGCUACUGUUUUUUUUAAGUAUUUCUAUAUAAGUCCAAUAAAAACGGUACAUUUACAA